AUGGCAAUACUCAGCACCAACCCUGGUAGUAGUGCUUUUGUACACAGAGAUGGAGCAUUCUUUCAGAGGAUGUAUAUUUGUCUUGAUGCAUGCAAGAAGGGGUUCAUACAUGGGUGUCGGCCCAUAAUUUGUUUAGAUGCUUGUCAUCUGAAGGGGGACUAUGGGGGGCAAUUGUUGUGUGCCAUAGGCAAGGAUGGCAACGACGAUAUGUUCCCUAUUGCAAUUGCUGUGGCCGAGGCAGAGACAAGAGAUUCAUGGCAGUGGUUUAUUGCCAUUUUAUUUGAGGACUUAUGCGGGCCAGAUGGCGGACUUGGUUGGACUAUAAUGUCUGACAGACAGAAGGGGCUUGGAAUUGCAGUUAAGGCUGUGUUGCCACACGCUGAGCAUUGCUUUUGUGUUCGGCACCUACAUGCGAACCUCAAAGCGAAAGGCUACACAAGGAAAGCUAUGAAGGAUGAGUUGUGGGGGGCUGCACGUGCCUCCAAUGUUUAUGCCUUUGACCAUCACAUGCGGAAUAUAAUGUCAAUGGAGAAAGGUGCACACGAUUACCUUAGUGGUGUACCUAAGGCAUCAUGGUCCAGACAUGCUUUCAACUGCCAAACCAAAAGUGAUAUGUUAUUAAACAACUUGGUUGAGAGCUUUAACGCGUGGAUUAAGGAAGCUAGGAUUAAGCCUAUACUGACUAUGCUUGAAGAAAUUCGUCUGCAAAUAAUGGCACGCUUCCAGCAGAAAAGGAAUGGAAUCCGGUCGACGCACUACACAAUAUGCCCAAAGAUCCAGAAAAAAUUGAAGAGGUCAAAAAGCGAUGCAAGGAAUUGUAUUAGUCGGUGGCAGAAUGAGUUGGAGUUUGAGAUCGAGCACAUAUACGAGCCACGGCGUUUAGUCCGGUUAGAUCAUCGCACGUGCACAUGUGGAAGAUGGCAGAUGGACAAGUAUAUGCAAGGAUAUGCAGCUCGAGUUUAUGGCAUGGAAGGUCCGCAGACAUGGCCAGCUGAUGAUCCAUGCGAUGAAAUCCAGCCACCUAUCAUUAGAAGGGCUCCUGGUCGACCAAAGAUUAGUAGGCGAAAAGAUGUAGAUGAGUCGACUAACCCCUACAAGCUAACCCGUAGUGGAUAUAUCGUUAAAUGUGGAAAUUGUGGGGGUUUAGGGCAUAAUUAUAAAGGUUGUCAUUUACCUUUGAACCCGGAUCGGAAGAGGUGGAAACCAAAGAAAUAUAAGCCGAAAAAAGAUGCUGCUCAAGCACAAACAUUGGCUGAAACUGAAAAAGCGAAAGUAACGGAUUUCUGGGGUUAUUUCUGGUGGAGUUUUCGAUGGAAAAUGGGUGUUUUGAUUGAAUUGUUUGGUGGUUUGAGGAUGUUUCCCUUGAUUAAGGCAUGA